AUGGCGCCCCGACUGCCCGCGAGCUGCCUCCAGCUUCUCCGAUCCUCGACGAUAACCAAUGCCUGCGCCGCCACGGUCGCCAACAAUGCCUCGUCCGUCCUCGCCGGUCCCCGCCUCCACCUCCUCCCUUUCACCGCGAAGCGCGGCGUCAAGUACGGCUGGUCUACGCUCCCGAAGCGCAGCAAGCCCGCACGUUUCAACCAGACGACCGCCGGCCUGCCAGCCCUCACGACCGGCCCCGCCGCCGCCCUCGCCCGCCGCGAGAAGACAACACCCUUGAGGACCGGCGUGCUCGCCACCAAGAAGGGCAUGACGGCGGUUUACUACGGCAAGAAGCGCGUUCCCUGCACCAUCCUCCAGCUCGACCAGGUUCAGGUCGUCGCCAACAAGACGCGUGCCAAGAACGGCUACUGGGCCGUCCAGAUCGGCGCCGGUACCAAGGAGCCCCGUAACGUCGAGCGCCCGCUGCUGGGCUACUACGAGGCCAAGGGCAUCGCGCCCAAGCGUCAUCUUGCCGAGUUCAAGGUCCGCUCCGAGGACGGCCUGCUGCCCGUCGGCGUCCAGCUGUUCCCGGACUGGUUCCAGACGGGCCAGUACGUCGACGUCCGCUCCAACAGCCGCGGCAUGGGCUUCGCCGGUGGCAUGAAGCGCCACGGCUUCGCCGGUCAGGAGGCCUCCCACGGAAACUCGCUCAACCACCGCACCAUCGGUACUACGGGUCCCUCGCAGGGUUCCGGAUCCAGAGUCCUCCCCGGCAAGAAGAUGCCUGGCCGCAUGGGCAACGAGCGCGUCACAAUGCAGAACCUGACGGUACUCAAGGUCGACAACGAGCUGGGCGUUGUGCUCGUCAAGGGCGCCGUCGCCGGGCCCAAGAACUGCAUCGUGCAGCUGCAGGACGCCAAGAAGCGCAAGGCCCCGGCCCUGCCCUACCGGCAAGAGAAGCUGAAGGAGCUCCUGGAGAGCAACGAGGACGCCGAGGCGAGGUUGCAGGAGGCUAGGGAGAGACAUCUGGAGCUGAAGAAGGAGAGGAGAGAAUUGCCGGCGUUUGUAUAG